UCAGCAGCUUGGCCCUUUAGCCGGCCUUUAUUUUAUAUAUACACUCCUAUGCCUUGUACAAAUCCAUAUACUCCAUAUAGCUAGAUCUUGGUCUAAACUGUGAUAUAUAAUGGAAGGUUCCAAUUCUGAUAAUAUGAGUGAAGAAGAAUUUUGCACAUUUGUAAGUAGACUCCCAAGAGAGAAAUGGUGGGAAACUAGUAUUGCUAUGUGGGAAGGCUACUGGUACAAAAAUGACUCCAUAAAAGCAGCCAUGGCAGGUCAAUCAGGUUUCUUGGUUCGUGAUGAUGAUGUGAUUCUUGCUUCAUCCAUGAAGACAGGUACUACUUGGCUCAAAGCUCUAAUUCCCUUCAUCAUGGCCCAUAACAGAAGUACCGUAGAUGAUAUUAAUAUUGAUCCUUUACUGACAAAUCAUCCUAACCAACUUAUGCCUUCUAUUGAACUUUCAAUAUUUAGCCCAAAGAACCUGAAUUCCAAAGUCUUUAACGUUGAUGAAAUGGAUUCACCUAAGCUCUUUAGGACUCACCUUCCUUAUUCUAAGCUCCCAGAGACUAUCAAAUCGUCUAGUUCCAGCUGCAAAUUAGUUUACAUCACUCGUGAUCCUAAAGAUGUUUUCGUGUCGUUAUGGCACUUCAUGAAUUCGAUAAACAAUACUACUAUCGAGAACUGGAGGACGAUAGAUGAAGCAUUCGGCUAUUUCUGUAGAGGCAUUCAUCCCUUUGGUCCCUUUCAUGAUCAUGUUUUGGAGUACUGGAAAGAAAGUUUGAAGAACCCUGAGAAGAUAUUAUUCUUGAGGUAUGAGUCGCUUGGACCGGAGCUGAGCAAGGACACCAUUUGGUCCACCACCUUUAUCGCCGAGACGGAACAGAGAGCAGCAAUUGCCGAACAGGGAAUCGCAAUAGCCCGGUUGCAAAACGGAGGAGAUAAAGCGACCCCGGGGAAGACAAAGAGUGUUGUUGAACCCAGAAGAGAUGAGGCACGGAUGGCCGAAAGUAAUGGGUCCGGGGCUAGCUCAUCCACCGAGGUUCUGAGAAUGCUCGAAACGUUAGCAAAGCGGGUAGACUCGACUGAAAAAAGAGUGGAAACAUACAACUCUCGGGUGGAUCAAAUCCCGGGGGCUCCGCCUAUUUUGAAAGGGCCGGAUUCUAAGAAGUACAUCCAAAGGCCUUUUCCUCCGAGUGCGGCCCAAAUUGAUCCCGAAGAGAAGGAUGAAAUCGAAUCGGUGUUCUUUGAAAAAGUUCGGAAACUACGGCAAGGGAGCAUUGACUUGGUACGAUCAUCUGCCCAGCAUUCAAUCACUUCUUUCGAAAUGCUCGCCGAUGCCUUCAUAAAAGCACACGCCGGAGCCAAGAAGGUGCAGGCUCGGAAGGCGGAUAUUUUUCGUAUUGCCCAAAGAGACGAUGAGUUACUACGUGAAUUCGUCAACCGGUUCCAAAGGGAACGAAUGGAGCUUCCCCCGGUUCCGAGGAAUGGUACCAAGCUUUCACAAAGGGGGCUCAAUGUAAACAAUGAGGAGAUGAAAAAAGAUCUAAAAGGGCAAGUGAAGAAGCUGGCUGAGUUUCUUGGUAGGCCUUUUGCUAAUGAUAAUGAAGAUCAGGAACUUCAUAAGGUCGUUGAGAGAUGCAGUUUGGAGAGGCUUAAAAAUCUUCAGGUUAACAAGAAUAUUUUUUUGCGCGGAGUUUCUCGGAGAGGGCAAAAACUGGAACCUUGGCUUGGCAUUCCCAAAAUUGCUUAUUUUCGCAAUGGUCUUGUUGGGGACUUCAAAAACACCCUUUCAGAUGAGAUGCAACAACGCCUUGAUCAGAUUACAUGCCAAAAAUUUGAAGGCACCGGCUUGGAUUUUUAAUGAGGUCUCUUCUUAUUCAGUAAUUGUUUCCAAGUUAUUUAUGUUGGUAAUAGAGGUAAAACCGUUAUUCUUUCUAAUAAAUAUUACUCCCUAUUAUU